AUGGCCACAUCAAUUCAGAACCUCCUCAAGGAGAGAAAAUAUCCAUUCAUUCUCUCUCUAUUCGUCUUACUCCUAUCCGUCACCUUCUUUCUCUUUACUACCACUCAGUCCCCUCUCUAUUUCGCCGUCAAUUUCGACCAAUCACAGUCCAUGUCAUCGCCUCCUCCACCGCAUUCGAUCUCAUCACCGCCGCCGCCGCCGCAGCAGCAAUCAAUAUCAUCGUCUCCGCAGUCACAAUCAACAUCGUCCUCUCCACCGCCAAAACAGUGGAUUUCAUUGUCUCCGCCCUCGCAGUCGACAUCAUCGCCUCCACCUUCAAAACAGUCGAUUUCAUCGUCUCCACCCUCAGAUUAUAAACCUCCGAUCUCAGAUGCCAGCACGAAUGUGAGUGUUGCGUUCAUUGAUUUGGAACUGGAUUGGAAGGUUUGUGAAGGUGUGGUGGCGGUGGAUUACAUACCGUGUUUGGAUAAUUACAAGGCCAUCAAGAAGCUGAAGUCGAGGAGGCACAUGGAGCACAGAGAGCGGCAUUGCCCCAAGCCAAGCCUGCGGUGUUUGGUUCCCCUUCCGCAAGGGUAUAGGGUUCCGGUUCGGUGGCCUAAGAGCAGGGACAUGAUAUGGUUUGACAAUGUUCCGCACCCAAAGCUUGUUGAAUACAAGAAGGAACAAAAUUGGGUGCGCAAGUCUGGUGAUUUUUUUGUUUUCCCUGGCGGUGGUACUCAGUUCAAGCAUGGAGUUAAAAACUACAUUGGUGUUAUAGAAAAGACUUUGCCAGAAAUUAAAUGGGGGACGCGCAUAAGGGUUGUUUUAGAUGUUGGUUGUGGUGUUGCUAGCUUUGGUGGUGCUCUUCUGAAUAAAAAUGUUCUUACCAUGUCAUUUGCACCAAAGGAUGAGCAUGAAGCUCAGAUACAGUUUGCUCUUGAGAGGGGAAUUCCUGCUAUUCUUUUGGUCAUUGGAACACAAAGGCUGACAUUCCCAGAUAAUGUGUAUGAUUUAAUUCACUGUGCACGAUGUAGGGUUCACUGGAAUGCAGAUGGUGGAAAACCGUUAUUGGAACUCAACAGGCUCCUUAGGCCCGGAGGCUUUUUUAUAUGGUCAGCUACACCAGUUUAUAAAAAGGAUAAGAGACAUCAGGAUAUUUGGAAGUCUAUGGUGGCUGUGACUGAAUCUCUUUGCUGGAAGCAAGUGGCUAAGAUUAGAAAUGUAUCUGGAGUUGGGCUAGUUAUAUAUCAGAAGCCAGUUUCAUCUUCUUGCUAUGCUAAACGCAAGGAAAAUAAUCCACCUUUAUGUGAUCAAUAUUACAGGCAGAACAGCUCUUGGUACGUGCAUCUUGACGAUUGUAUUUCCCCGCUCCCAACAGACAACAUGGGUGACAAAGGCAGCUGGCCUGCACCGUGGCCCAAAAGACUCAGAAGUAAACCUCCAAGACUAUCAACUGAACAAAAUGCCGAAGAAGUCUUCCACGAGGACACCAAACACUGGUCUGCGCUUGUCUCAGAAGUUUAUUUGGAAGGUCUCGCUAUAAACUGGUCGAGGGUUCGAAAUGUGAUGGAUAUGAAUGCAGGUUAUGGAGGAUUUGCUUCAGCUCUUAUUGAUCUACCUCUCUGGGUAAUGAAUGUCAUACCCGUUGAUCUACCGGAUACCUUACCUGUUAUAUUCGAUAGAGGGCUGAUUGGUAUCUACCACGACUGGUGUGAGCCUUUUAGCACCUACCCACGAACCUACGAUCUUCUGCAUUCCAGUUUUCUCUUAGGAAACCUUACUCAAAGAUGUGACAUAAUAGAUGUAGCUGUGGAGGUGGAUCGCAUACUGAGACCUGGUGGAUAUAUUUUAGUUCACGACACAUUGGAAAUGAUCAACAAGCUUGGUCCGAUUUUACGAUCACUUCACUGGUCAGUAAGCAUGCAUCAAGAUCAAUUCCUCGUCGGGAAAAAAGAUUUUUGGCGUCCAGAUGCCAAAAUCCGAGUAUAAAAAAUGGUCCUAGUUGUUUUUCCUUGUAUAAUCUUACUACUAGUUGCUAGGGAGGCUAAUUUUUUUUUCACCAAAUUGUAGGGAAAUUUUGGUUCCAGAGGAUAGAUUCAUGUCUUCUUUACUGAAAA